UCUCUCUCUCCACUGUAUCACUUAAUCAAGACAUAGCUUGCCCUUUCCUGUUCAUUGCUGCCUCCCUCCCUUCUGCUCUCCUAUUUGUUUGCCCUCGCCUUUUUUCUCCCCCUCUUUGGCUGUUUUCCCUCCACCUUUCCUGCAGCAUGAUCCUCAUCAGCCUCCCUCGAAAGAAGCUCCGCACGAGGCUGUAGCCUCACAGUACCGUUUCCCACUCCAAAAGGGUGCAGUUUUUCUUAACGCUUCUUCUGUUUUCUCAACCCACAGCGAGACAACAAGCAAGGACAUGCAGCGGAGAGGUCAGUGAGGAGGAUGACAGCUGGAGAAUAGAGAACAGCGAAGGAGGGAUGAGAAGGAGACUGAAGUAAGAGAAGAAAGUGGAACUUCAAAGUGCCUACCCGGGGGUUUUGUUCAGUGGGUCUGCUGGGUUACAGCAGGUGAGGGCUCAGUCUGCAUUCGGCCUUGAAUUGAGGCUAUAUUUUGUCCUGACACAAAGUCAUCCAUCCCACGUUGCUGAGCUGCAGUCUCGACAUACCCUGAGCUGAGUUACAACGUUGUCUCCACAUUACAAGGACGUUACGGUGUAAGGUUCUGCUUUUUUUUUUGGCUCAACUACAAUCUUUUUGUUUUUUCUGCAGUAACUGCUCUGGGGCUGAACAUGUUGACAUGAAUGUAAAUAAGACUUAUUGUGGAUCUCAUCUUAUCCGUCUGACACUUUUCCCAAGAAGAACUAACAAACAUCCCCUAAAACACAAACAAAAAGACUCCAGGCCUAUACACACACCAAGGGAAAAUAGUUUUUUUUUUCCCUCUGCGCUUUUUCCAGGGAGUUUUUUUCCCCCCAUUGAAUCACUAUUAGUCACCCCUGAUCAAGUUGGACAUUUUUUUCCGUCCAUUUGCCCUCGCCUCUGCUCAGCGUUUGUGUGCGUCUCAGAUGGCUGUCAGCAUGACCAUGGGGCGAGACACCAAAUGGCUGACCUUGGAAGUGUGUCGUGAGUUUCAGAGAGGCACCUGCUCGCGGUCUGAUUCCGAGUGUAAGUUUGCACACCCCUCACGGAGCUGCCAUGUGGAGAAUGGUCGAGUCAUCGCCUGCUUUGAUUCACUCAAGGGUCGCUGCACACGAGAGAACUGUAAAUACCUGCACCCACCUCCACACCUGAAGACACAGCUGGAGAUCAACGGGAGAAAUAACCUGAUCCAACAGAAGGCCGCGGCGGCCAUGUUGGCUCAAGAGAUGCCGUUCAUGCUGGCCGGAGCACAGCUGCAGCCGAUUGCAACAUUUCCAGUAACACCCUCCCUGGCAACGAGUCCCAGCAUGGCAUUCAGUCCAUAUCUCAGCCACAUGGGCCCAGCUAUGGGCUUGAUGCCUGAGCUGCUUCCCACCUCCCCCCUCCUUGUCCCCGGGAGUCCCACAGGCCUGGCAGCGAUGGGGAACGGCACCUCGGCACAGAAACACGCACGUACAGACAAGCUGGAGGUUUGCCGAGAAUUCCAGCGCGGUAACUGCACGCGGGGCGAGAACGAGUGCCGCUACGCUCACCCUCUAGAGGCCGGCAUGGUGGACUGCAGCGAGAACUCCGUCAUCGUCUGCAUGGACUACAUAAAGGGCCGCUGCAGCCGAGACAAGUGCAAGUACUUCCACCCGCCGGCCCACCUGCAGGCCAGGAUCAAGGCCUCGCAGCACCAAGCCAGUCAAAACACGGCAUCCACAUCCUUGGCUUUGCCUCCAGGAGCUGUGCAGACGCUACCGAAGAGGCAGAUUAUAGAGAAGAGCAACGGAGCUGCGACCACUGUCUUCAACCCCAACGUGUUUCACUACCAGCAAGCACUGGCUAACAUGCAGCUCCAGCAGCCAGCGUUUAUCCCCACUAGACCCCUCAGAGAUUCUGACCUCUGAUCCAGUGGAGCUCCAGUGCGUCCCCAUAGAAACCCAUUUCUGCCCCGUCCCCAAACUGCUGGUGUCGGCUCCGGUGGCUCUAAACUCACCUGCUCCUGCAGAAAUGAUGACAUCAGUGAUUCUGUUGCCGUGACUCUCGUCUUUGUUGAGGACUGAGUCGUCCUGGUGAAUCUCUUCACAACUGAUCCUGUCAGACUCCCUGAAGCGUCUUUACGUCAACUUUCUCGUCAGCUCCAAGUGUAAUAUUUUUAAAAUAUAUAUGUAGUCGAUGGUACUUUCAGUUGUAAUUGUGCCUUCUUUGUGCAAAACUGAUUAUGUGUAAUAAAAUAUUAAUUUUGUUUGAAGUCAAAUCAUCGUUACAUCGUGUCAUAAGUCGGGGACAAAAUCAUGGACUGAACGACAGCCUGAGGAAAGUGAAGAGGCCCAAAGACUGUUCAGGACUAAGCCAUAAGAAUAAACUCUGAACACUCUUAAGACAGACUGGCUGCUGUUAUUAUUAUUAUUAUUUUUUGAUCAGCUUUAGUUUCACUUAGCUUCCUGCUUGUGCUCGUCUGUGCUGCUCUGCUACACGCUGGUUUAUUUUGCUCUGUAUAGCUGUUAGGAGUUCAUGUGCCUAUGAUGAGUUCUGCGGUUUAUGUUUGACCUUAAAUAAAACACUUCAUUGUGA